AUGGCUGGCGUAGGUAUUGAUCUUGGUAAUACAUUUUCAAAAAUUGCAAUCCAAGAAGAAGGUAGGAAUCAUCCAGUGACUAUUGUUAUCGAUGGUGCGUUUUCAGUUCCUUCAAUUGUUGGUUUCAUUGGCGAUGAAGUUAUCUUUGGCCAAAGGGCAAAAGAAUACAAAGAUGACUACGAAAAAAAUGUUAUUUAUGAUACAAAGAGGGCUUUGGGUAUACAUUUUGAUGAUCCUGAAAUUCAAGAUUAUUGCCAAUCGUGGCCUUUUAAUACUUCCGCUGAUGAAAACGGAUAUAUUCAAUACGAUAUAUGUCGUAAUGAUGGAAUGAUUGUUCAUCAGACUCCAGAAUCAAUUACUACAUUAUUUUUAAAUCACUUAAUGUUUCAAAUGAACAGGACACAAAUUAGAAAAGUUGGCCAUGCAGUCAUUGCUAUUCCAACUUACUUUUCCAACAUACAACAGGAGAAAAUUAGAGCUGCAGCCGAAUCUGCUGGAAUUCGUGUAGUUUCGCUCAUUCCUGAAUCAUUUGCAGCAGCCAUCGCAUAUGGUAGGCUCAAUCACACAGAACAAAAACUUCUCAUCUUCGAUUUCAGCGGAACUUCACUCAGUGUAUCUGUUAUCGAAAUAAACAUGAAUAACGGAAUAACGGAAAUAUCUACAGCCAUUGAUCCUAACAUCGGAGGUCAUUGCAUCGAUAACAACUUAGUCAGAUGGGUAUUAAAGAAAUUAGAGGAAGAAGGAAUAAUAUUAAAUAAUAAUAGUUUUAAGAAACUAUCUAUCAUCCAGGAUGCUUGUGAAAAAGCUAAGAUUAAUUUAUCAAAUAGAGGUGUGGUGCGUACAAACAUUACAUUCAUUCUUGACAACCAUGAAUACAAUUACUUCAUUACCAAAAGAAGCUUAGAGACAAUCAAUUCUGAGAUUUUCGAAAGACUUAUCCCUACUGUUGAGGAAGCUCUUCAAAAGGCAAAUUUGACAAGAUAUAAAAUCACUGACAUCAUUGCUGUAGGUGAUUCAUCAAAAAUAAAUGCUGUUAUAGAAAAACUUACUGAUUUCUUCGAUAAAGAGCCGCUCUAUUCAGACAGCUUUGCUCAUGUGGAAGCCAUCGCAUGUGGUGCUGCUAAAUAUUGCAAGAUGAAACUCCAAGAAGGAGGCUUUGAUGCUGAGUCUGAGUAA